CCCGCAGCGCUCCGCCCAUGGGGCAGCCGCGCAGGGCCCCCCCGGCGGGCCGGUCACGGUGACAGCCGCUGUGUUGCUCUCGGAUGGGGACAGCUUCCCCACAGCCCGCGAUGGGCCACCUGCAGCCUGCCCCCAGCACCCUGCCCUAGAGGGGGCCGAUCCUCCCGCGCCGGGGCGAUGAGGAGCUGCCUGCCAGCGUAGCAGCAAUCUCUUUGUGCUUUUUAAAAACUUUUGAUGCGCUGUACCCUGCGAGGUUUCAUGUGAAGCGCUUCCCACGGCCUCUCCCCUCAGCUGUCCUGCCGGCGGGGCAGAGGCCCGCCCGCCACCAUGGCGGCCAAGCAGCCCCCACCGCUGAUGAAGAAGCACAGCCAGACCGACCUGGUGAGCAGGCUGAAGACACGCAAGAUCCUAGGGGUCGGCGGCGAGGAUGAUGACGGCGAGGUCCAUCGCUCCAAGAUUAGCCAGGUCCUGGGAAAUGAAAUCAAGUUUGCUGUCCGGGAACCCUUGGGGCUCAGGGUCUGGCAGCUGGUUUCCGCCGUCAUGUUUUCCGGGGUGGCCAUCAUGGCCCUCGCUUUCCCUGACCAGCUCUACGACACCAUCUUCAACGAGGAAUCGGCGAGCAGCAAGAUUCCCAUCCGGCUCUAUGGAGGAGCCCUCCUCAGCAUCUCGCUCAUCAUGUGGAAUGCCCUGUACACAGCUGAAAAAGUCAUCAUCCGCUGGACCCUGCUGACGGAGGCGUGCUACUUUGCCGUGCAGUUCCUGGUUACCACGGUUUCCCUGGUUGAGAGUAGCCGGAUAGCCACGGGUGCUGUGCUCCUCCUGGUCAGCCGAGUCCUCUUCGUCCUCAUCAGCAUUUAUUAUUAUUACCAAGUUGGACGCCGUCCCAAGAAAGUCUAAUUCCUGGGCUUUUUGUCAUGGGAAGGGUGGGAGGGGGGGGGGUUAUGUCGGUAAUUUUGCAUUUAUAAUUAUAACUUUUUUUUUUGUUAGUCCCUUUUUGUUCUAAAAUGGUUUCCUUUUCCACUUACCAGCAUGAAUCAGUGUGUAACCUGAUGCUGGUGGCAUUGCCAGGUGAAAUUUGGGGAGAGCAGCGUCGUGCGGGUUCCCCCCCACUAGCCCCUCUGUGGGAGGCAAGCGAAGAGCACGAGGAAGGCUCAGGGAGGUGUACAGGCCUGGCAGCCUCAGGGAAAAGAGCCGGUCUCCUGGGGGAACUGGCUGAUGGGAUCACAGGCUCUGAAACGGUUG